AUGGUCUUCAGCACGUCCAAGGCGGUGGGCAUCAUGGCCCUGGCCGCCAGCUCGGUGACGGCCUCGUCCUACGUCGCCUCCAUGCCCGUCCACGCCCAGGGCCUCCUGAACGAGUCCAUGGCCUGGAUGGACCAGUACUACGACCGCUCGGCGGGCUAUCUGUACGACUUCGGGGCCAGCUCGGCGCUGAGGCACGAGACGCGCAGUUCCACCUGGUACGCGCUGGGUCUCCUGGCGCGCAACGAGGGCGACGACGCCGCGCAGGCCGAGAGGAUCAUCACCAACACCAUUGGCGCCCAAUUCAAGGCCGAGCCGGAGCAGUGGUACGGCGGCUACCAGAUGUACCCCGAGGAGCCCUACGUCGGCUCGCCGCACUACCUGGGCAAGAUCUACAACUCCUGGGACCCCAACUGGCGCGGCUUCGUCGGCACGACGCUCGUCAUGGCCCUCGAGGAGUUCCCGCACCUCCUGAGCAACGACACGCAGGACCUCAUCCUCGAGUCGCUGCACAACACCACAAAGGGCGACGAGUACCGCGUCGGCGGCGUCGACGACGACAACCUGUACCCGGCCUACAGCAACCCGGUAUGUGUAUCCAAACCCAUAGUGUGCUUUUGGGAAUCUGGGAGAAACCCCCCCCAUCCCACCCAACUCCUGACUGACUGGGCGAUCCUCCUCCUCCUCCAGGCCAUCAUGCGCGCCUUCGUCUCUGGCUACACCGGCCGCCGCCUCGCCGACGCCAACAUGACGCAGUCGGGCGAGAAGUACGCCCAGGAGAUCAUCGACCUCUUCGACCGCGCCAACACGCUGUCCGAGUUCAACUCGGGCACCUACACGGGCGUCUCGCUCUUCGGCCUCAUCCUCUGGUGCAAGUACCUCCCCGAGGACUCGGUCAUGACGGCCAAGGGGCCCCAGAUGCUCGCCGACACGUGGAGCGCCGUCGCCCAGCUGUGGCACCCGGGCAUGAAGAACAUGGCCGGCCCCUGGGACCGCGCCUACGGCUACGACAUGAACCGCUACGUCAGCCUCAUGGCUCUGUGGUUCUGGACACUUCUCGGCAAGGAGAACUCGUCUCUGAUAUCGGCUCCCCAAGUCAUGUCCCACGCCGCCGACUACGCCUGGGCGCCCCUCUUCGCCGUCCUCGCCGAGUUCCACGAGAGCCUUCUGCCCGAUGGCCUCGUCGCGAACCUGACGACCUUCUCCGGCGAGCGCUCCUUCACGGCGUCCACCUUCUACCCGCCCUACGACCUCGUCCCGCGCAACAUCUCGUCCUGGCUGUCGGACAACCUGACGAUCGGCGCCGAGUCCUUCAAGGAGAACGUCAUCGGAGGGCCGUCGCUGAACCAGCAGUCCUUCAACCCGGCCGUGAUUCAGUGGAACACGGGCGACGAGGUUGCCUUUAUCUCGCUCUACCCAACCGAGAUGGAACUCGACGUCGACGUCGCCCCCAACAAGCUGAGCCUUGCCUACCCCAACGGCACCGCCGACUCCAUCUUCACCUUCGUCGUCGCCACGUUCCUCAAGAAGCCCACCGUCACCGGCUGGGCCGAUGUCCAGGGCCUCGCCGUCAACGUCUCGGGCAACGUCAACGAGACGUACAGCCUGUCGUUCGCCGGCUCCCUCGGCGGCACGGGCUCGCCGAUCCGCGACUUUGAGUUCUGGAACUUCACGUACUCCAUGCCCGCGGGCUUCGAGGGCACGCCCAGCAUCGUCCUCGACCUGGCGCUGGUGUAG